UUCCAAUAAACGCCCUCUCUCUCAUCUAAAGUGGUGAGAAUUCUCGUCUCCUUCACUGCUUUGUUCUCCCAAAAAUAAAUCCCUAAUCCUAACAACCAAGCCUCAACUCUUUGCCGCAUUCUUCGAUUUCUUCACCGGCUGUGGCGGUCCCUUCGCCAUUUGCGAUCAUCAGAUAUGGUGCCACAUCCGAGAAUGGGGCAAUUUUCGCCAUCGAUUCAAUUCAUACGACCUUUCCUUUAAUGCUGUCCGUAUUCUGGGCAUGGAUAACUACCCAGGGGAGGAUCGACGUGUCGGAGGAGUAUCUGAGGUCGACGAUCGAUUACGUGGAGAUGGAUCGGCCUAGGAGGCUGGAGUUCGACAGGAAGCUGACGAUUACGCAGUGGACGAGGUUUCCGAUCUACGAGACGGCGGAUUUAGGGUGGAGACAAUAUUCCCUCAUCAGCCUUCAUAAUGAUCCCCACACCGGUUGCAUAUAUAGUCCGACAUGGACUCCAAUUCCGCUCAAUGAAGGCUAGAGGUCAACAAAUUAUCCGAACCACAUACGAG